UCUCAAAUAAGAGAAGAUGGCUGCUCCAUGCGCAAGAUGUAGAGCCGUAAUUUCGAGUUUGUCGUGAACAUAUUUUGAGGAAGACGUAAUAUACGGAUUGGGUCAGAAAAAAACCCAACAUGGCUGAGAGUGAGGAAAUGGCCGAUAAUGUUCUUAGUAUCGAUGGUCAAGCUAAGGCUGCAGAGGAAACACUGCAUCUCAUCAAAGAAAGUCUGAAAUUUUAUGACUCAAAAGGUUUGAAAACUCUUAUCCUUGAAGAAAAGUUGUCUGACCAGUCUAUAUACUGGGAGGUUGCUACAGAACUAACUAAACAUCUAACAGCAGAAAAUUUUGAAAAGUAUACAGUGUUCUUUGAGUCUUGUCAGAGAUGUUUGAAUUAUCUGGUCAAGACUGGAAAUGCUAAAGAACUGUUGUUAGCACUGUUGGAACAGACAGAUACCUUCAACGACGAUGUCAAGUGGAAGGCUCUACUGGACGGCAUACAGCAGACACUGCUUAAGUUACCAUCCAAGAGAUAUCACUCCCUUGACAUUGCACUGUCCACAAUCCAUGCGCAUAUUAAAAGUCUGCCUGAGCCAACUGAUCACGAGUUGGAAGGGGAAGAAAACAAACUACUAGAACUGGACUCUGAGGUUCAGCGAAUCACAGAUGUGUUGCUAGGCUUCCUGGCCUUUGUGGAACCUUUUGUGUUGGAAGUUUCCAUGAAUAAUUCCGCUGUAGACAGACAGAAAAGCAAACACCAGAUUGUGAUGUUGCAGAAAUAUCUCCUUUCGCUGCUUAAUCAUCCUCUAGUCUUUCUCGAUCUUGCUUUCUGUGAAAAGCAGCAGGAAAGGAAAGCUAAAGGAUAUGCUCGAAUGUGUGUUGAAAAAACCAUGAAGUUUCUUUGUGAACUUUGUCCUAACUUUUUCAAGACAAUUACAGAUUCCCUGGAAGACAUAGAACUAUCAAAGUUGAGUGCUAAGAGAAGUGUGGAGAAAAAAGAAGAGGAUGAAAAGGAGGUGUCUGAUUUUGUGGAUAACUGGGCAGAGUGCAAGGACGAGGGUUUGAUUCCCCUGCCCAGCCUGGCCUGCCUUUCCUAUCUGUUACUGGUGGAAGGGUUGGGUUUGGAACACUUUCCUGUUGUUUACACUCACAAAUAUCUUCUUGAGUUCAAUUUACAGUUUGUGUUACUGCUGUUCCAGAAACAGGAGUCACUGAUUGUCAGUAAAGGUGUAAGACUCUUGGAGGUUCUUAUCCGAGGAAUUACUCCAGCUACAUUCACAGUGGAAGACCUGGACAAUCCAAACUACACCAAGACUCUGAACUGUCUCAUUAACGUCAUGAUCCGUUGUCCUGUGAAGGAGGUCAGGGGAGCUGCUGUUCAGAUGUUUUCUACCUACAUUCAAAUGUUUACACUACCAGCCCGUGUUCAGAUAUAUGAAAUGAUUUUCAACACCUGUAGACAUUCAGGUGUUGUAGGGUACAGCAUACAGCUAGUGAAAGACCAAAUAGACACCACUCUGAAACAGGAAAAUCCCGACACAGAAUUCCUUGGAUUAAACCUGAAAAGGAUGUUAAAGUUUGUAUCACAACUCGAAGAAGGAGCAGAGUCUGAUCUACUGGAGUCAUCUGAUCGAGUCAUUCCCACUCUAAAUCUGAUACGAUACUUGAUUCUCCGUGAUCCGAUAGCAUGCAAUGUAACAGGGUUCUGGUCUUACUAUGAGGACUUGGAGAAGGAAUUCUUCGGCCCUCUGAGGCUUGCCUUGGAUUUUUCGAAGAGUCAUUAUAAGCUAGAGUUACAAAAUUUCAAGGAAGGGAAAGCAUCUGUUGAGAAAGGGAUGGAACUGGGUGUCAAUAUCAGUGUAGCGGGGAUGCCCAUGCCUAAGGUCCCGCGAAGUCAGCAAAUCCAGAUAGUAGAAUCAGCACUCAAUACAUUUGACCUGAUUGACAGCCUGCUCAGUAGAAUUAUUGAGCUGGCAGAUAGUCAGCUGAAAGCUUCAAAAACAGAAAUUAAAGUCUGAGAUCAAUUACCUUUUCUUAUAAACAAACUGACACACCAAGAUUAUAUUCAACAUUUUUACUUGCAAGUUGUAUAUAUGAUUUCAAUAAUUUGAUUAAAACAAUAGUGCUUUUAAGUGGCUUUUGUGGACAGUAUGGUAUAAUUUCUUUUUUGAUUGUCACAACACUUAAGUAAUAUAUCUUUAGUUUGUGUUUGUCAUCUGCAAUCAACUACUUCUGCAUACAUCACUAUGUAUGACUUCGAGUUUUACCUUCAAAUUAUGUCUUAAUAGGAUGUCAUUUGUAAACGUCUAAAAACAUCAAUAUCUGUGUAACAACUGACAUGUUUUAUUUUGUUGCAACAUUAUAUAAAAUGUGGUGUUUUGUAUCACUGGAAAUACUUACAUUUGUACAUGUGUAUGCAUGGCUUUAGAUUUAAAUCUUCAUGAAUUUUGUAAUAUGUCCUGUUUAUCAGAAAAUGUAUUGUCAUUUGUAAUAUCAGCCAAUGUUGUUUAGUGUUUGAUAACAGUUGAAUUGUUGACAGUAAUAUUUUACACCUGUAUAGACCUGAUAUUGAGUUGGUAAAACAUGAUAGUGAUAGUUUAUACAUAUAGAAUUAAUAGAAGUAAUAUGAUAAACCUGAUCAUAAGUAUUGAAUUGUACAACUGUUCCUGCUCCUUGAAGGAAGAUUAAUUAAAAAUCAAUUAACUGAAA